AUGCUUCCAGCCAAAUGUCCCUUAACUUUGGGGAGAGAUGAAGUAGAGAUAUCGAAUCACUACAGGCCAGGAGACUAUCUCAUCGGUGGGCUGAUCUCCGCAACCAAAGCUUGGUUUCUUCAGCACAGUUUCCGCACAACUCCCUCGGUUAAAUUCUUCUUGAAAGGACCUACAGAACAUUGGAACAUCCUCUCCUUCUACUUUGCCAUUCGGGAGAUCAACCGGGAUCCCAAGGUUUUACCUAACAUCACCCUGGGCUACAACAUCCAUGACAACUAUUUCAACAAGAUCAUAACAUCUGAUGCUUUAUUGGACCAACUUUCGACUGGCCAGACCAAUGUUCCAAAUUAUAGAUGUGGUAAAUCAAGAAACCUCCUGGCUCUCCUUGAAGGGGCCAAUUCUGACAUCUCCAUCCAGAUUUCAACCAUGCUGGGCACCUACAAAAUCCCACAGAUCAGUUAUACUUUUGUUUCACAAGUUUUCAGUGAUAAAACACUCUUCCCCUUUUUCUACCACAUGGUCCCGAAAGAAGGCGCUCACUAUCCAGGGAUUGUCAAACUGCUACUGCACCUCGGGUGGACUUUGGUGGGGCUCCUUGCCCCAGAUACCGACACCGGUGAGAGAGCCAUGAAGACUUUGAGCCCAAUGCUUCUCAAGAAUGGCAUUUGUGUUGUUAUAGCGCAAAGCUUUUCCGAGGAAGCCAGCUCUAUGAUCAUCAAGGCCGCUCUGUUCCAGAGAUGGCGACAAGUCAAUGUCUUUGUUUACUGUGCUGAGAUGAGCUCCUUCCUCCAAGGAUUGUAUCUGAUUCACAAGACAGCUGAGAGCUUGACCCAGCCCGUGGUAGGCAAAGUCAUGGUCAUCACAGCCUUGUGGGAUGUCUCAUUGCCCCUGAACAAUAACCAACUCUCCUUCCAGUACUUCCAUGGGCUCUUCUCUUUCCUCAUCCAGUCGCACGACAGGAUGAAAUUUGACUUUCAGGUCCCUUAUUCUGCUAUUGAGCAAUUUGCGAGUCGGUCGUUUGAUUGCAAUGAUGCAAGACGGGCUCCGUCUGUGAAAGAAUGGAGGAGAUGCAUGGAGAAAGAGCGACUGGACACUCUGCCCGAAGAGGAGAUCGAAGCGAUCUUAUCUCUAGACAGGUUCUACAUUCACGAUACCAUCUGGGCUGUUGCCCGUUCUUUAGAUGCUGCCUGUUCGUCCAGAUCCAAAAGGAUGGAAGCGAAGCAUGGGAGGAGAAGAGGUGCUCCAACGUUGGAACCAUGGCAGAGCUCCGGGUUCCACAAUUCUUCCAUGAAAGGGGUACGUUUGGAUGAGACGGGAGUCCUAACAGCCGACUUUGACAUCAUAAAUUGGGUCGUCCUCUCCAACGAGACAAUGACCAGGGUGAACUUUGCAACGCUGGAAAGCCAAGGAGCUGAAAACUUCAAAUUUGUCAUUAACCAGGAUGGUAUUGAGGAUUUGAAUUGGCUUAACAAGACUUUCCCUCCAUCCCAGUGUGUGGAAAAUUGCCGGCCCGGAUCCAUCAAAGUGGCCCGUGAAAGCGAACCUAUUUGUUGCUACGAUUGUGUUCCUUGUGCAGAGGGGACUAUGUCUACUCAAGAAGAUGCAGAGGAAUGCACCAAAUGUCCAGAAGAUGAGUACCCGAAUGAAGACCGAGAUCAAUGUAUCCCUAAAGUUAUAAAUUUUCUGAGUUAUCAAGGACAUUUGGGGAUCAUCUUAGCUUCUUUUUCCCUCCUCUUAUCGUUAAUGACAGGCUUUGUGUUGGGAAUCUUCAUUAAAUUCCUAGAAACCCCCAUUGUCAAAGCCAACAACCGGGAUCUCUCCUAUAUCCUCCUCGUCUCCCUCCUGCUGUCCUUCUUGUCCUGCUUCCUCUUCAUUGGCCAGCCAAGCAAAGCCACCUGCCUCCUCCGACAAACAGCCUUCAGCAUCAUCUUCUCAAUAGCUGUCUCUUCUGUCUUGGCCAAAACAAUCACAGUGGUGAUGGCCUUCCUGGCCACAAAGCCAGGGAAUCGGGUAAGGAGAUGGCUGGGAAAGAGCUUCACCAACAGUCUCAUUCUUCUCUGUUCUAGUGUCCAAAUUGUUCUGUGCUCCUCUUGGUUAGGGCUACACCCCCCAUUUCCGGACUCUGAUAAGAACUCUCACCCAGGACAAAUCCUCCUGCUGUGCAAUGAAGGAUCUCUGGCCAUGUUCUAUGGUGCUCUCAGCUACAUGGGCUUCCUGGCUGCCAUUUGCUUUGUGGUGGCUUUCCUGGCCAGGAAGUUGCCAGGAUCCUUCAAUGAAGCCAAGUUGAUCACCUUCAGCAUGCUGGUCUUCUGCAGUGUUUGGGUGUCCUUCGUGCCUACCUACCUGAGCACCAAGGGGAAAUACAUGGUGGCCGUGCAGGUCUUCUCUAUCUUGGCUUCCAGUGCUGGGCUACUGGGCUGCAUCUUCUUUCCCAAGUGUUACAUUAUUGUACUAAGGCCUUAUCUGAAUACGAAGGAGCAUUUAAUGAUAAAAAUAAAAUAG